UUCAGGUGUUUUUAUGGAGCCUAACCCCUUGCCAGUACCCCUUCUCCUACCUGUGCUACACUGCCUCCAUCUCGUUAUCUUCCGCUAUGCUGUCUAAUGUCCCUGACAUGUCUGUUGCCUUCCAGUGUCGUGUUGGGAGGUCUGACCAGGAGCUGUGAAAGAGUAGAAGCUUGGAGCAGUCUGCCUCCCUUUCCUUUCCUGUUCCACCCUUUCAUGUUGUCUUACCCUCCCUGACCUGUCCCCUCCCUCCUUCCCUGUCCCUUCUCCCCCUGCUAGAUUUUUCAGGUAUCACUGCUAUGUCCAUCUGUUAGGGAGCAGUCCUGUUCAAUCCCAUUCUGAAUGCUUUCUGUCCACCUCAGUGGCUGUGCUUAUCUCUCCCUAUAUCCGUGGGCUGCUUACCAAAACAUACAAAUGGUCACCAGCUACACGACCACAUCACUGUGGAAUGUGAUUUGUUUUGCAUGAGGCAGGACAAAGAGUUUGGCUUUCUGAUGACGGGAGGGGGAGGAAGAGGAAAUAGAGAGACUGUGUCACCCUUCAUGAUGAUAAUGUCACCUACGAGUCUGAUGACAUUACCUAUCUUAGAACCUUAAUUUUUACUGGCAUGAAAAUGUAAUUUGCUUCUUUCACCUGACAGUAUCGCAAGUAUUCACAUAUAGUGGGAGUAGUGAUGUGACUGAAUGACACGGCCAUAUUUACUGUGUUAUGAAGAGCCUAGCAUUCAGUCCCUUGUAUUGUAUGGCUUCUUUUGUUGUUAUGGAUGACCACAGACAAAUGAGCACGCUACAGAGUUUGCUCACCCUUUUCAUGUAACGUAAAAAACCCUGUAUUGAUCAUACAAAGACAACAUAACCGAGGACAGCUUUUCAAACAGUACCAGUAACCAUGCAGACUUCUGAUUGUGUUACCUAAAGAGGGCAGCAAACCUCACUGUGGAUUGAUGUUAGUUUUUUUUGUUUUGUUCACACAGCAAAGCAUCUCUAGUCGUCUUCCAUAAGCACCUUAUGUGCGAAAUUUGAUCUGAUCUCUCCCACAGAUCAUUCAACAUAAACCGUUCUCACAUGGCAUUUGCUGUGGCGUAGUUUAUGUCUUUCUUGUUGUUAAGGGUUUAAAGGUCAGUACACUGCUGAGCAGCCUCUGUAUGACGGAUGUGUGAUAUGUGUGUGUGUGCACAUGUAACACCUGUGUUGUCUCUGAGUGUGGAGUCGAAGACUGGAGAUGCAUUUUGUGUUGGCUCAGUGCCGAUGGAUUUUUAGUUCCACUAACAGCAGCCCUCUCUAUGCUCCCCCCCUCCCCCAUACACUCCUCCCUCCCGGCUCUCCACCCCUGCACCCCCUGCGGACAGCAUAUGCGCGAGGCUGCAGAGCGGAGGCAGCAGCUAGAGUUGGAGCAUGAGCAGGCCUUGGCUGUACUCAAUGCAAAGCAGCAGGAGAUUGAAAUUCUUCAGACGGCUCAGGUUGAGGCAAAAAAGGAUCAUGAAGGCGCUGUCCAUCUGUUAGAGGCCAAAGUUCGCGAGCUGGAGGAAAAAUGUCGGUCUCAGAGUGAGCAGUUCAAUCUCCUCUCAAAAGAGCUGGAGAAGUUCCGGCUCCAGGCUGGGAAGUUUGAUAUCCUCGGCACUGAACCCUUAACUGUUGAAUCUCCUGGGUCGCCCAACAAAUCCCUCUCACAGCUCCUUAAUGGACUGGCUGCCCCCAUAGGAAAAGGCAAUGAGGCUCCAACAAGCAGAUCUUUGAUGUCUGAGUUCAUUCGUCCACUCCAGAUCAGUGGAGACAAGCCAGAGCUCCUUUCUGUCAAGCCAACAUUCCUCACUCGCGGUCGAGUCAGCAGCCCAGCACGGGCUUUCCUCCCUGAGAUGGACAAAGAGCUCAGCUCAACUACCAGGUCCAAACCGAGAUUCACAGGAAAGGUUCGUCUGUGUAUUGCUCGGUACAGUUACAAUCCUUAUGACGGGCCUAAUGAGAAUCCUGAGGCAGAGCUCCCCCUGUUGGCAGGGAAGUAUCUCUACGUUUACGGGACAAUGGAUGACGACGGCUUCUAUGAAGGAGAGCUGCUGGAUGGCCAACGGGGACUCGUCCCAUCCAAUUUUUUGGAAUUUGUCCAAGAUGAGGAGACAACCUCUGUCCAACACAGGGACACAGUGGCUAAAGAACCUGGCUACCUCAAUCACAGUAGCCUGGGGCCUCAGAGACUGAAACUUGGCACAAGAACAGGCAUAAGCAGCCUGCUGUCUGACAGUAAACUAGACUGUAUAAGCACCAGCAGCUUGGGCAUGGACCUCCUGGGCUCCUCAAGCAAUGGGACAGGAACCCUGGAUGUCAGCACUGACGAGGUCGGUGAAGACAUUGUGCCUUAUCCCCGCCGCAUCAACCUGAUUAAACAACUGGCCAAGAGUGUGAUCAUUGGCUGGGAUCCUCCUGUGGUCCCACCGGGCUGGGGCUCCAUCAGUGGCUACAAUGUCUUGGUGGAUAAGGAGUUCCGCAUGAGUGUCCCCUACGGGGGCAGGACAAAGACUCUUCUUGAAAAGCUCAAUCUGGUCACAAACACCUAUCGUAUCUCCGUGCAGAGCAUCACUGACCGGGGCCCGUCGGACGAGCUCCGGUGCACUCUGCUCGUGGGAAAGGACGUGGUGGUGGCACCUUACUACCUGCGGGUGGACAGCAUCACGCAGGUCUCUGCUGAGCUCUCUUGGAUGCCCAGCAACAGCAACUACAGUCACACCAUAUUCCUCAAUGGUGCAGAGUACGAUAUGGUCAAGGCGGGGGGCUAUAAGUACAAGUUCUUCAACCUGAAGCCCAUGACAGUUUACAAGGUGAAGGUUGUGGCACAGCCACAUCAGGUGCCUUGGCAGCUUCCGAUGGAUCAAAGGGAGAAGAGGGAAAUCUCUGUGGAGUUCUGCACUCAGCCUGCAGUGUGUGUGUUGUGCUCCCCAGGGCCCCCUCUCCCUCCCCAGGAGGUGCAGGUCCAGUGUGGUCAGAUACCGGGGGUCCUGCAGGUCAGAUGGAAGCCGCCACAUCUGACGUCUUCAGGAACCUCUAACGGGGCCAGUGUGAUUGGCUAUGCCGUGUGCACAAAGGGACAAAAGAUAGCAGAGGUCUUAUACCCCACAGCAGACUAUGUGACUGUGGAGUUAAACAGGAUUCAGUGUCUGGAGGCCAGGGAACUCAUUGUAAGGACGUUGUCAACACAAGGAGAGUCCCAGGACUCGUCCGUGGCCAUCAUCCCAAACAAUCUCUUGGGUUCUCCACGCCUCUCCCAACGAACCAAUGCACCUUCCCACCAUAUGGCCCACCCACAGUCCCAUCCGGGACACUCACAAACCCAUCCUCCUUACCCGUCAACGUACCCCCCGAAUCAUCCUCAGCCCCAGGUGCAGCCUCUGCCUCAAGCCCAGCCCCACACGCUGCCCCACGCACAGCCGCACUCACAGCCCGUGUGCCAACCCCCACCUCAUCCCCAGACUCAUUUCCAGAGCCACCCCAUGCCCAAGUCCAAACCCUUAGUAAGUGCCAGAGACCCAGAAACCAAAGAGCAUGAGGUGGGACUUCGGACAGCCCAGCCCUGGGAGCGAUCCCCCUCCCCGCUCCCUCCCAUGCGUGGAUCCAACCUGGAGCCGCCGCACUUCCAGCCACGGCGAUCGCCCUCUCCUCAGAGGAUCCUGCCACAGCCUCAGGGAGCCCCCAUCCCCAACACCCUCGCCAAGGCCAUGGCCAGGGAAGCUGCCCAGAGAGUGUUUGCCGAGGGCAACCGGGUUGAGAAAAGAAAUAUCUUUAGUGAGCGAGGUAACGCCUUGCAUCCACUCAACUCUGACGAGGAGGAGGAUGGCUACGACUCUCCUCAUGCGAGGAGGAGAGGAGCCUCGGUGGAUGAAUUCCUCAGAGGCUCAGAGUUGGGCAGACAGCAUCAUCAUCACCACUACAGCCACAGUGAAGAGUACCAGACAGAGAGCAGCCGGGGUUCGGACCUGUCCGACAUAAUGGAGGAGGAUGAGGAAGAUCUUUACUCUGAAAUGCAACUGGAGGAAGGCCGUAGGCGCAGCAUCAACUCUCACAACACUCUUAAGGCUUAUUACAAGCGUCAGGACUUAGCCGAGGAAAGAGACUGCUGGGAUCUCCAGCGGGAGGUGGUGAAGCAGAAGUCGCUCCGCAGCAAGCGUCUUCACAGCAUCCCCGAGGUGGCGGAGGAAGAGUCGGACUGCGUGGACAGCAUGGGCCAGCGCCUGCGCUUUGAAGAGGGCGGGCGGCCCAGAACGCCACGCACUCAGCGAAGGAUGUACCCGCAGCACAACCACCUCACCCAAAGCAAGAACUCCCGCCACCUGCAGCGCCAGCGCUCCUCCCCACGCUUCACCGACAGCCGCUACGGCUACAACGCAGACGACCGCGGCCUGGUGCGACCCAACCGCCAGAACACCAAGAGUCCUGACAGUGGUUUAGACUGCGGCAGUGAGGAAGAAGGCUCUCUAGGCCGUGGGUAUCGAGGGUACUACUCUCAUGGCAGCCCCAUGCGGGGGCCUGUUCACAUCAUUCACUGUGAAGGCCCGGUAGAAAGGCGGGCACUGGCAAUGGGCCGGAAAAGAACUCUGACCCGCCAGGGCAGCGUGGAGGAGGAGUUCUCUGACAUGCAAGUGACUGCAGCCAAGUCGGUACACACUGGUGACUUUAGGAACAGGGAGCACUUUGGGCCUGGUCGGGAGGCCGAGCCGCGAAACUACUCCAGGGAUGGGGCUCUGAGCGAGGGCAGGCUGAACGAGCUGGACAGGGUCUAUUACAGCCCCCACAGGGAGGCUAGGGCCCAGUCUUUGUCCAGGCUCAACCGGGACCAGCCGCUGAUCAUUGGGAACUCAUCAUCUUAUGGAAAUGCUGAUCGUCUGGACCACUCGGGGAGGAGGCCGGUUCACAUCGGCAACCCUCCUCAGCAACGGCCCAUCCCAUCCAUUGAGAUCACCAUGGACAGUAACAGUGAGGGGAGUGAGGGGAACCUCUCACCCGUCAAGGAGGAUGUUUACUAUGGCAGUGUAGCUCGGCGCAGGAUAUGGCGAUCUAUGUCCUCAGAGGAUCAAUAUGACGGCUUUGGCGAUCGCAGGCAGGGGCGGGGACGGCGCUCCCCGGAUUACUAUGAGGAAUCAGAGCCGGAGGAGAUGACCCGUGUGUUCGUGGCUCUGUUUGACUAUGACCCCAUGUCCAUGUCUCCAAACCCCGAUGCUGCGGAUGAGGAGCUGCCAUUCAAGGAGGGCCAGAUCAUCAAGGUCUUUGGGAAUAAAGACACGGAUGGCUUCUACAGGGCGAAAGUCCGAGACCGAGUGGGUCUGAUCCCCUGUAACAUGGUCUCUGAGAUCCAAACAGAGGAUGACGACAUGAUGGACCAGCUCCUAAAACAGGGCUUUCUUCCACUCAACACUCCUGUGGAGAAGUUAGUGAACUGUGACCGUUUCAAAGAUGGCCGCUCAAUAAAUCGCAGGUCCAGAAAGUCCAAGAGAGAGAGGAACAGGCGGAGCGGCCGUCAACAUCCAAUGUCAACGCGGAGAAUGGUGGCUCUGUAUGACUAUGACCCCCGAGAGAGCUCCCCUAACGUUGAUGUAGAGUAUGAGGGCAACAGACUGAAUGAGGAGGGUGAACUGACUUUCUGUGCCGGUGACGUCAUCACAGUUUUUGGUGAAAUAGAUGAAGAUGGUUUUCAUUAUGGCGAGCUCAAUGGACACAAGGGACUUGUUCCUUCCAACUUUCUAGAAGAAGUGCCUGAUGAUGUAGAGGUUUUUCUCACUGACUCACCAUCUCGAUACCCCCAGGACACUCCUGCACGGAUAAAGACCAAAAGGGUUCCAUUGGAAAAAUCGGGUCCGCCCAGAAGAGCAGGCUCUCCCACAGUGCGUCCACACAUCCCUGGCUCCCUGGCCCUGGGGCCCGGCAGUCCCAUCAGGGCCCCACUGGACAUGUACUCCUCCAAAAAGAAAAAGGGACUGCUCUCCAAAGGGAAGACACUGUUGCAAAGACUUGGCGCUGUAAAAUAAUUUCUUGACAGACUUGGAAAGUGUCAUCCACUUCCUUGUAGUGGUUAAAAAAAAAAAUCCAUCACAGUGGACAGGUGGCAUUUGUGAGCUUAACAAAUGCUUUAUUCUUGUACAUCUGUUGUAUACUAGAAUAUUUGUAUUUUGUUAAAAGUAUCCACUACAUAUUUUCAAUAACACAUUUCAUAUUUAUGAUCUGAUGUGUGUGUUGAGUAUCUUACCUCGGAGUCUCUGACUGAUGUUUUACUGUACACAGAGACAGGGCACUCUGGUCUAAUGGCACUGAUUACGCCACAUUAUGAGUCAGACCAGUGUCUCGGUGUACAGAAAUCAGAAUGUCGUUCAAACACCGAGGGAUCAAGUAAACCUCCAUUUUAAAAUCUGAAGAAAAAGAUGGACUUGUAGGGUCACAAGCGUGUUUCAGCCAGCCAGUCGCUUGCAUUGUAUGAGAGGUUUGCAUGCUUUACUUCAGCACAUUCCCACCUGAGCCCUCCAGAGUGCAUGCAAUGUGACGGGCUCGAAAAUGGAAACCUGGAGCAUGCAGUCCUUAAAUACAGCGUGGCUGACUCGCUGCGCAGUAAACUGUGACAAAUCAGCAGAGAUAACUUUCACUUUUCUGCCCUAUCUCAACAUCUGUGAUAGAGGCAAGUCCCCCCCCCCCACAAACAUGUCGGCACACAAGCACAUACUGUAUCUACUACAGGGUCUCUGCAUAAAAAUCAGGUUGAAUGGAAAUGCCUAGUAGAUCCAACCUCCAUGUAUUUGCCUUAUAAUCGCACAAUGGUUUGUACUUUGCCAAGUAGAGCAUGCAGUUCCAUGCCUACUGCUCAUUUAUGUUGGUACUUCAUGAGAUAUGUUAGCAGAUGUUCAUCCUGACUUGUGAUGUGCAGGGUAUUGUGUGACUGUCGUGACUUCCGUAGGACCAGAGCUUACAUAUAACCGUCCAAGACUCCUGUGUUCACAUGUCCCUCAUCUAAAGUACCUAAUCAUUCUUAAUUCUCGAAUUUUAGAAAACAGGUGAUGGAAAAGAGCAAACAUUGUCAGCAUACCAACCUUUUUUUUUUUUAGGCAGAGUGAAUAAAGGGACAUUUUUUAUUUGAGUUUACUGUUUUUUUAUGCCACACUGAUGCACAUUGGAUCUAAAACAAUGACUGCUCUACAAAGACAAAAACAUUACAUAAACAAAGUAACAGAUACAGCUAAUCUGUAAUAUAGCAUCAGCAAAUUAAGUCCUGUUACUGUACUGCAUUUGAUUCACAACGUACAACACAAGACUGAAGGUUUGACCAUUUUCACAGUAGACGACGGUGAGACACAUGGCUACCUCUACGCUGCCCCUCGACCCUUCUAACCCAAAAUCGAUUAGAUCCGAGAUGUUUAUUGAACCCAAUCUGUCAUUGAAGCCUGUUCAGUGUGUCCGAGUUUGGUUGGUGCAGAAUACAAGUACUGUAUAUCAAUACAUAUAUCUACACCUUAAUGUAGAAUAGUGAAUGUAUGAUGAAUUGAAAGCCAAUGUAUUUUUCAAAGCUGCCCAAAAGGAUUUUGCAGAUGUCCGUCUUUGUGCGUGAAAUGAAACUCCUUUAUUUCCCCCUCCCCAUUCUGUUUGCCAUUUCAUCCUCAUGCAUUUGAAAAUCUAGCCUAUUUUUUAUACAAGAGUUGAACUGAAACUGCCAAAAAAAAAAAAAAAAGAAUGUAUGCAAAUCAUUCUGUAAUACUUUCUGUACAGUUCUCGGCCGGACAGCCAUGAUAACCUACGAUAAACUGAUGUACAACUUUUCCUAUUUAUGGACCAUGUCGUCAGACAUCGCUUCUAUUCAUUUUGAGUGACUGUUGCUCUUUUUGUACUUUGUCCAUUUGUAAAAAUUGUUUAAAAUGUUUAUACUUGA